CUCUUUCUUCUUCAGAAUUAGACUUAACUUUUUUUUCACAACAAAAUGGGAUUGAACUCUAACCGAGUGGAUCAUUUUGAUUGCCAUGAAACCUCGUUCAGAAUCCACACCCACGUUCCUCUGCCUCCACCAUUGCAAAUUCACUCUGUUCGCCUGCCUCCCCACCAAACCACACUUCAAAAACUAAACCACAGGAUCUCCGAGAUAUUCUUCCCUGAUGAUCCGUUCUUCAGAUUCAACAAUCAAACUUGGUUCAGAAAGUUUCUUCUGGGUAUUCAAUAUCUCUUCCCCAUCCUCCAGUGGGCGCCAGAGUACAAUCUCAGUUUCCUUCGUUCUGAUAUCGUCUCUGGCCUCACCAUUGCCAGCUUGGCCAUUCCUCAGGGAAUAAGUUAUGCGAAACUUGCAAAUUUGCCACCCAUAAUUGGACUAUAUUCAAGCUUUGUGCCUCCAUUGAUAUAUUCCUUGCUUGGAAGCUCUAGGCAUCUUGGUGUUGGUCCUGUUUCAAUUGCGUCUUUGGUUAUGGGAUCAAUGUUAAACGAAUCAGUUUCUUACAGUCAAGAUCCAAUUCUCUAUCUGAAAUUGGCUCUUACUGCCACCUUCUUUGCUGGUGUGUUCCAAGCUUCUUUGGGUAUAUUGAGAUUAGGAUUUAUAAUUGAUUUCCUUUCAAAAGCAACGCUGGUUGGUUUCACGGCGGGUGCAGCGAUCAUUGUGUCACUUCAACAGCUUAAAGGGAUACUUGGAAUUGUUCACUUCACAAACCAGAUGCAAAUAGUUCCUGUAUUGACCUCUGUGUUCGAAAGCAGAAGCGAGUGGUCAUGGCAAACCAUUGCCCUAGGACUCAGCUUCCUGACCUUUCUGCUGACAACAAGACACAUUAGCUUGAAGAAACCAAAACUAUUCUGGGUUUCAGCAGCAGCCCCGUUGACGUCAGUUAUUCUAUCAACACUUUUGGUGUUCUGUCUCAGAAAUAAAGAUCAUGAAAUCGCAAUUAUUGGCCACUUGCCAAAGGGAAUCAAUCCACCAUCAUCAAACAUGUUAUACUUCAAUGGCCCAUAUUUAGCACUUGCUAUCAAAACCGGGAUUGUUACUGGAAUAUUGUCUCUCACUGAAGGAAUAGCAGUUGGAAGAACAUUUGCUACACUUAAGAACUAUCAAGUGGAUGGAAACAAAGAAAUGAUGGCCAUUGGUCUUAUGAACAUAGCUGGAUCUUGUUCUUCAUGCUAUGUCACAACGGGAUCUUUCUCUCGAUCGGCUGUUAAUGUCAAUGCUGGAGCACAGACAACAGUUUCAAACAUAAUCAUGGCUUCAGCUGUUCUAGUGACUCUUCUUUUUCUCAUGCCACUGUUUUAUUACACGCCAAAUGUUGUCUUAGCAACCAUUAUAGUCUCUGCUGUAAUUGGACUAAUAGAUUUUCAAGCUGCGUAUGAACUGUGGAAGGUUGAUAAGAUUGACUUCUUAGCUUGUUUGUGCUCCUUCUGUGGUGUGGUCUUCAUAUCAGUACCUCUUGGCCUUGGUAUAGCAGUGGGAAUAUCUAUCUUCAAGAUCCUACUUCACGUGUCUCGACCAAACACUCUGGUUUUGGGAAACAUACCAGGAACACAGAUAUACCAUAACCUAAACCAAUACAAAGAAGCUUCAAGGAUUCCUUCAUUUCUCAUUCUAGCUGUUGAGUCACCCAUUUACUUCGCCAAUUCAACUUACCUGCAAGAAAGAAUACUCAGAUGGGUACGAGAAGAGGAAGAGCGUGUGAAAGCAAACAAAGAAAGUACAUUGAACUGCUUAAUCUUGGACAUGACAGCUGUGACUGCCAUAGACACAAGUGGGCUUGACACACUACGUGAACUUAGAAAGAUGCUGGAAAAAAGAUCAAUUCAGCUUGUGCUGGCAAAUCCGGUUGGAAAUGUGAUGGAGAAGUUACACAAGUCAAAAGUAUUGGACUCUUUUGAGGAGAAAGGACUGUAUCUCACUGUGGCAGAAGCUGUGGCUGCCAUUUCAAUUCCCUGAAAGAGCUCAGCCUCCACUCCAAUUGAUGGUUGAUCAUGAGAUAUAUUGAUAACUAACAACAGCUUUAGUCUUUUGGCUCUAAUGAUAGUGACAGGCAAAAUCUUGGCUCAGGAGUGAUUCUUCUUUGUGGGUCAAAAAAGGAGCAUCCAAAAGGCCAAGUGAAGUGGGAUACUUGUAGGACUUUUUUCCUGUGUAAAUUUCGAUAGAACGAAAUAAAAAAUAGCGAUGGCAAAACAUACAAUUACAAGAAUAACGAAGCACAUUGUAAACUUUGUUCAAAUCAAUCGAAUACUUGAAAUGAAAAAGGUUAGUAAAAGAAACAAAUGGAAUGUUCAACAUGCAA